AUGCCCAAUUUGGAGCAACUUAAACAGCAGCGCGCUAAUCUGCGUCGAAACAUAUCGCGCAUUCGCAAUUCUGUCGACACAAAACUUGCAAUUUCGUCCGCUGAAUUGAAUUGUCGUUUGGCUAUAUUAGAGGCCUACUUUAAGCAAGUUAUGACAGUUCAGACCGAAAUUGAGCAGCUGGAUCCAGACGAAGCAGAGCGUGAGACCAGAGGAGAAAUAGAAGAUACGUGCGUCGCUAUCAAGGUGUGCAUUAAUGAGCAGCUAGGUUCAGAUGCCCACAAUUUGACUGUUGCUGACUCAGUUCAUUGCGCUUCUCACUCAACUUCUAUGAAGCUGCCACGUCUGUCACUACCAGUUUUUGAUGGAAAAUACUCCGACUAUAAAAACUUUAUAACAUCGUUUAAGUUAGUCGUUGAUAAGCAGUCUACUUUGUCAUCCAUCGAAAAGUUCAAUCAACUAAUCAAUUGCUUACGUGGCCCGGCCUUAGAAACUGUCAAGGCUUUUCAAAUCACUUCGGAAAAUUAUUCAAAGGCGCUGGAACGCCUCAAGGCCCGCUAUGAUAAUCCAACGCUCGUAUUCUUGGACAACAUAAAUUCGCUUUUUACUUUACCUAGUGUUUCAAGGUCAAAUGCGAAACAGCUUCGUAGCCUGAUCGACAACUCAUCAGCCUAG